CCAUGAGUCUGAGUCCAACCACAUUUAAAGUCGAAAUUCCGUUCGUCUAUUUUCAGAAUUAUUUCGGAUUCGGUCAAUCCGCCGAUGUGGACAUCGUAUUUGAUGGGGCGGAAAAUCGUAAAUUGGCCGAGGUGAAAACAGAAGACAGCAAAAAGGAAAAGUAUCUGCUGUACUACGACGGUGAAACGGUGUCCGGCAAAGUCAAUGUAACGCUACGGAAGCCGGGCAGCAAACUCGAACACCAUGGUAUUAAGAUCGAAUUGAUUGGACAAAUUGAACUGUACUACGAUCGUGGUAAUCAUCAUGAGUUCACAUCGUUGGUGAGAGAACUGGCCCGACCCGGCGAUUUGAUCCAGAACACUAGUUAUCCGUUUGAAUUUGCAAGCCAUUUGAGGUGUAUGUGGGCUCAAAUGUGCGGUUGA